UGGCACGGGGUGGGGAGCUCCGUGUCUCGGGGUUGGGAUUUCGGGUUAAAUAUUCAAAAUGGCGGACGGAGGAGCAGCGAGUCAAGAUGAGAGUUCAGGAGCAGAAUCAAAAAUGAGUAAUCCGUCUGAUACCAGUAAAUCUUCAGUGGAAAACCAUGAUGGAAGCACAGGCACCCAAACAAAUGGACUGGACUUUUCAAGACAGUCUGUGCAGACAGCAAGUGCAAUCACUAAUGCACAUGCACAGGCCUUACUACAACAGUGUAAAUCAGAAGAUUCUGGUGAAACUCCAGUCUCGAGUCAGCCUUCCAUCCAGCCCUCAAUACAGAGUUCCCUCCCACAGACUCAGCUCAUGUUGGCUGGAGGACAGAUCACUGGUUUAACUUUGACUCCCGCCCAGCAACAGCUGUUACUGCAACAAGCACAGGCCCAGCUUCUAGCAGCAGCAGUCCAGCACUCUGCCACUCAGCAGCAUAACACCACGGGGGCCACCAUUUCUGCUUCUGCAGCUACGCCAGUGACACAGAUACCCCUUUCACAGCCUAUCCAAAUAACACCAGAUCUGCAGCAACUUCAGCAACUGCAACAGCAAAACCUGAACCUACAACAAUUUGUGUUGGUGCAGCCAGGUCACCCCAUAGCAACACAGCUGCAACCAGCACAGUUCAUUAUAUCACAGACACAGCAGGGGCAGCAGAGUUUUCUGCAAGCUCAGAAUCUUUUAACGCAACUACCUCAGCAAAGCCAAGCCAACCUCCUGCAGUCACAGCCAAGCAUCACCCUCACUACACAGCCAGCUACGCCAACACGCACAAUAGCGGUAACCCCCAUCCAGCCAUUUCCACAAAGUCAGACAACACCAAAGCGCAUUGGCACUCCCAGUUUGGAGGAGCCCAGUGACCUGGAAGAGUUGGAGCAAUUUGCUAAGACUUUUAAACAGAGAAGAAUCAAACUAGGAUUCACUCAGGGGGAUGUUGGACUUGCCAUGGGUAAACUGUAUGGAAAUGACUUCAGCCAAACAACUAUCUCUCGUUUUGAAGCCUUGAACCUCAGCUUUAAAAAUAUGUGCAAGCUUAAACCACUGCUGGAAAAGUGGCUAAAUGAUGCAGAGAACCUGACAUCUGACCAGACCUUGUCCAGUCCAAGUGCCCUGAACUCCCCUGGUUUGGGAAUAGAGGGUCUGAAUCGCAGGAGGAAGAAACGCACCAGCAUUGAGACCAACAUACGAGUGGCCUUAGAAAAGAGUUUUUUGGAGCAGAACCAAAAGCCUACCUCUGAAGAGAUCACAAUGAUAGCUGGCCAGCUGAACAUGGAAAAAGAAGUUAUCCGUGUCUGGUUCUGCAAUCGGCGGCAGAAAGAGAAGAGAAUAAACCCACCUAGUAGUGGCAGCACAAGCAACACUCCAAUCAAAGCAGUGUACCCGAGCCCUACUCCACUGGUGCCAACCACUGCUAGCCUUGUGACCAGUAAUACGACUACACUGACUGUAAAUCCAAUUCUACCUGUAACCAGCACUGCAGUUACAAAUCUUGGCUUCACAGGCACUACAGGAAUCGGGUCUGUCACUAACAACACAGCAUCCGUGAUCUCCUCUACACCUGUAACUUCUUCAGCAGUGACGUCUCCAUCCCUCAGUCCUUCUCCCACUUCACUACAACCUGUAACAGAAUCGCCUAGCACACAGGAAACAAGUACAACAACACAAUCAUCUGUAUCUCUAUGCUCUCCAAUUGGUACCAGUCAAGUUAUGGUGACAGCAUCUGGGCUGUCUGCAGCUUUGCAAGGUGCAACAACACAGCUGCCUCCUAAUGCAGGCCUAGCUGCCAUGGCAGCAGCUGCAGGGCUUAAUCCUGGUCUGAUGGCAUCUUCUCAGUUUGCGCCAGGUGGUGCCUUACUUAGCCUCAAUCCUGGCACACUUGGCAGUGCUCUGAGUCCUGCAUUGAUGAGUAACAGUACUCUAGCAACUAUUCAAGCUCUUGCAUCUGGUGGGACUCUUCCAAUAACUUCUCUGGAUGCCAAUGGAAAUUUCUUGUUUGCCAAUGCAAAUGCAGGUGGUACUCCUAACCUUGUGACUGCUCCAUUAUUUCUCAGUCCACAGAACCUUUCUUUGCUCACCAGCAAUCCAGUUAGCUUGGUGUCUGCGGCAGCGGCCUCUGCAGGUGCCUCCGCGCAGGCAUUAAACCUCCAGGUCACGUCAACUGCCACUGAACCAAACCAGAACCCUGUCACUUCUGCAGGAGGAUCCAGUGCUGCACCAACCAUAACUACAGUAUCCAAAACCUAAUGAUUGUUGUGUAGUAAAGGAAGUUGGACUGUGUUUUUGUUUUUUGUUUUUUUUUUUCCUUGGAAGAUUUUAAAGCUUGCUCCUUUUUUGCUGCCACCAAAAAGAAAUGCAUUGAAAAGAGGAACUCUUCUUUUAUCCAAAUGUGCCAGUAUCUUUCUCUCAUAUUCAACAUCAGCAUAUCUCAUAAGCUGGCAUAACAAAAGAGCUCUAAGUCUUCAUGUGUCAAUUUUAAUUUUGACAGAAUUUUUUUGGUCUCCACGUAAUUGGCUGCUUAUGGCACAAAAGAUGAAUAACUUGGACUAUUUUUCCCUGGACUGCUUUUUAAUUAAUAUAGACUAUUCUAACCAAAAAUAGAGAAACUGUACCUGAGCAGUUAUCCUACUGAAAUAACUUUCAUUAGCAUACAAGUAAAGGUUUUCAUUUAUCUGUUCUAUUAGGUUAUUUGUUUUUAACUGUAAUUUCGGUCUGUUAUACAGGCCAUUGUUUAACUGUGUUAACAUCACAGUAAAAUAGUACUUGGUUUUCAUUUAAUUGCUGCAGUUUCAGGCAGGUGUAUACUUUGUGUGAGUGUGUACGUGUGUGUGUGUGAGAGUAUGUGUUCAGAAGUUGAUCUCUUAUUCCUCCAAAGUUGCAUGAUCCCUUAAUGAACUUUGGUGUUUGGAAGAAUUUAAACCAUAUUCUUCCCUGUAUUGGAAAAUUAGACCCUGCUGACACUUCUGUGGGUGUGUUGAUUGUAAGGGAGCAUUUGCAACACACGUAGCUUUGAUUAUCUCUUUUUGUUUUUCCUUUAUGCUCCAUUUUGGGAACACUGAUGAUAAAGCAGCAUUUUUGUAUAAAUUGAAUAUUAGCAGUUACACUGACGAAAGAAAAGUGACUUGCAGGAUUUGCGUAGAGUGCUGUUCCAUAUACAUGCAAUCCUUUGUAAGGAUGCAAAGGCAGAGAGUGCAGGAGAAAUAUUGUUUGCCAUAGGAGUGGUGGAUCCCAAGGUUUUAGUUCUGUCAUGUGGCAACUAAGUUUAGAAUAUACUCCUUUUUUUUUUUCUUUCUUGUGAGCUGCUGGUGUGGAGUCAUUUACUUAUUUAGCUGCCUAUACAGAAGAGAGAUUAAAUGCACAUUUUUGAAUAAAUUUGAGCUAGGAAAGAAAAACACCAGUUGAAGAGUACUUUUGCACACUGUUUAAAAUGGUGUUUAGGUAUUUCUUCAGAAAUUCAACUAUUUAUGUAAUGCAUAUCAGUUUCUCUUCCGAGUACUUUUUUUGGUGUUUUGCUCAUAUGUUUUAAAGACAAAGGAUUGGCAGCUUUACAAAUAAUGGCUGAUUCGAGGGGAGAGUCUAAAACUGCAAAGUGAUCACUGUUAAGAUAUGUGUGGUUUAUUAUGUAUUUGUAUUUUUUUAAUAAGAUAGCAAUAUAAUUUCAUUGCAUUUCAGGAGAGGCUGUCUCAGUGUUAAAUUAUCAGAGUUGUUUCAGUAUAAUUUUCCUUCUACAUGUGCACAGUACCUGUACCAAAAAUAACAAACUGGAUAAUUGAUCUACAGUUCAUUUGGGAAAAAUAGAUUUCUCUCAAUUUCUUCCCCGACAUAUUUUAGUUUCAUAUUUUUUGGAAGCUAAGAAGAAACUUCAAUUUAGUUAAGUGAAACUGUGAGAAAUGUUUAUAGAAAACAGUCUGGACAUUUUAGACCAACAGAGAGAGAGAGAUGCAAUAUUUUUAUAUGUAAACUUAUAAAAAUUGUAUCCAAAGAACAUUUACAAGUUUAGUCUGUUUUAACUUAAUUUAGAAAGCUUUAAUUGUCUCCUUUCCCCAGCCUUUUCAAAUCUAGGCUGCUUAAUAAAAAAUAAUAGACAGGAGCUGCAGGUUAUGUAAGUAAAAAAAUCUUUGCACAUCUCUGUUAUUAGAAAAAUAUUGAUAAAAACGUCUUUAUUUCUACUACAAACCAUAAAACAAAAGGUGUAGUGCUUUUUUAUUUAUUCAGAAUUUACCAAUCUGUAAUUUUUAAUAUCUAAGAUUUAUAUUAACAACAAAAGCAUAAUAGAUUUUGAUUAACUUGUAAUCUGUGCACAUGAAAGUCUUAAAUGUCACUAUUUUCUACCUUACAAAAAUGACAGAUUACUUUUUUUUCUUUUUUUUUACUUUUAAAACUUGCAGCAUUGAUUGAUUGAUUGUUUUCAUUAUUUUUCAUUGUUAAUGAAUGAACUGUAGAGCAGAUAUUACCAUGGCUGCUUUCCUACCUGCAGUCAGCCAUCUUGCAAAGCUUGAACCAAAGUCGUUUUCUAGCAAGCUGCUGUACCAAUGAGAGAGUUUAUAUUAAGUGCAGUUCAUGUGCAUUUAGAAUAUAUUUGCUACUGACCAUUCUUUUUUUGUUUUGUCCUUCCUUCUAACAUUUUUCUAUGGGCCUGUCUUUUCUGUUGUCAAAGAAUUACCUCAUUGGCAAAAGGGUAUACAAUUGAUUAUGAAGAGAACAUUUUAGAUAAUCAUUUAAAAUCUGAAAAUCUUUUCCAUACAAUUAGCAUGUGCUGUAUAUAUUUAAAAAAAAAAAAAAAGUAUUGGAUUCCAAAAGGAGUUAUGCAUUACAUGGGAUAUUUCAUCUGUAAUUAAAUGUGUGAAAGGACAGUAUUUCUGAAUGUUAAACAAAAUAAUACUGUUUUCCUAGAUAAUUUUGAGUUAUUCAUUUUAUUCUGUUUCUUAGUAUUGUGAAUCCAGUUUUUCUUCACAUGUUUGCAAUCGUGCCUGGGCAUUAUUUUGUGAAUUAUAUAAUUUUAAUUGAUUCUGACAUGCAGAUACCUGCAUUUCACUUAAUCAGAAUUAUCAAAUAUUCUUAUUUUGAUUAAUUAAGGUAGCUGUUUUUAAUAUUUAAAUGCAUAACCCAAAGAUAAAAGGGGACAGCAAGCAGAGGAAAUGUAUUUGUAAAAAAUUGCUCAUGUGGUUUGCUGAAACAUUUUAAGAGAAAUAUUAGUUAAAUGAUUGAAAAUCUGUAAUUUGCUAGUACAAUUCAGUGUCUUUAAUUUAGAUUAUAACUAACUUAAUAUUAUUCAACUUUAUACACACAUGUAUAUAUGGGUUAUUAACCCUUUCUACUGCCUUGUUUUCUUUUACAAAUGUUAUGUUUUGGUAUCAAAUACAGAAAGAAAUAUGUGCAUGUUAUUUGUUACCCUUACGCUGAUGAAAGGCCCACAUCUCACCAGUGCAUUCCUUGCUUGCAUGUUCCUUGCUUUUUUGUUUUUAAGCGUUCCUUUCAAAAUAAAAUACCUCAGCAUAGUUUAGCAAUUAAGGCUUACAUUAAUUAACACACAUACUGUGUACCUACAUCAUUAAGAUCAUCAUCAUAGUUUCUAGAAUGUAGAUGAACUUUUAAUUAAUUUUGCUGUACAUUCUUAACACCUGUUUAUAAAAUGUUAAAUACUACUACAUGAGGAGGGGAAAGGGGUGAGGGGAAGUCUUGUUUGUUUUUUGUUGGUGUUUUUUUUUUUUUUUUUUUUUGGGUAAUCCUACUUGCAAAGCAAAAAGGCCUUUUUUCUGAGCUCCACUUGGUUUAUUCGUGGCCUGAUACAGAGUGUGCAUCACAUUGCCAUUUACUAAAAAAAAAACAAAUGAAAAAAAAUGUAUUUGUGAGGUUUUCAUGCUUGUUUUUUCUUCUUAUCCUGUCUGUUGGUUGAUGGUUGGCAAGGGUGAGAAGGGAAAUUGAUGAGGGAGUGGUCACAAGAUGAAGUUACCGAGUGAUUUAUUUUCGAGUUUUUAUUUUAUUUUUAUUUUUGCUCCAUAAUUUGUUUAUGAAUUGAAUGUAAGUGGCUUGUCAUGCUUGUAGUAAAAAAAAAGCAAAUUUUUAAACUUCCUUUUAUGAUAGCAAUGCGAAAUAAUUCUGUCUAGACCAAAAAAAUAAGAACUUGCUCCUUGCACCUGAGUGGUGGAUCUGAAAAUGUAUUGCUACUGUAUAAUGGCUGUUGCUGGUGCUCUUUCCAAGCACCAUGUUGGUAGUCCUGAUAUAAUAGUGCGUAAUGGGUGACUAUCAUAGGUGUUUUUCUCUUAGUUUGCAAAAUAUGAGGGUUUGUUAUCAAGACUUUAUAAGCACCUGAUCUCAAACUUUAGAACUAUAGUUGUAUCUUAGAUAUUUUUCCCUAAAUUGGCAAGGUCACUGGUUUAUACAGGCGUGAUGCACUGAAUGUGUCUGUCUGUAUAUGUUCAGGCAUUUUUUUAAUUUAAAUUAGUAGCACCAUUAUUCCUGAAUUAAAAUAAAUUGAUAAUUCAUUUUACAUAUCAGUACAAACCUAUUUUACAAAUGUAUAUUUGUCAGUUCUUAAUAUAUUAAUAAAAAUUAGCUUAUCAGUUUUAAACCAGUGAGCCUGUUAAUUAAAGUUAUACAUUUUAGUUAGGAGAGAGAAAGAGAGCUGUGGUGGGUUGGCACCCUGCCCAGGAUUGGUUCCCUGCCUU